AUGGCCGCGAAAUCAUUCAAUGUCCUUGGCCUUUGCAAUGGAAGCCUGCAUGGGAAUUCCGAGAUCCUCCUAAAGGCUGCGCUCGAUUCUCUCAAGUCAUCUAUUACGCGGCCCACAAAGGUAUCAUGGGUCCAUGUUCCGUCGGUCGAAAUACCUAGGAAUCCUAAGCCCUUGAAGACUGCUGCCGACAUCUCGCUCGGCAAGGUCACCUCAAUGAAAGCAGGCGCCUCUUCGUCGCCAACUGAGGAACCGGCGGAUGACAGGCUUGCGAUUCUGGACGCCAUUUUAGAUGCUGAUGCAUUGAUCUUUGCGACUCCUGUUUAUUCGCACCAGCCACCGGGUUUCCUAAAAGCCGUGACAGACCGUAUCAUGGGGCCCUUUACGGAUGCAGCAUUCGUACAGCGUGUUUUGGAGCGCAAAGAGGCAGGCGACCCCAAGUUCAAGGAUCAAGUCGCCGAUGCCCGGGUGCUCAAGCCUAGAGUCGUGGGCUUCUUGGUUGUGGCCGGAUCCAAGUACAGUGAGCAUUACACAAUGGCUUUGCCGACUCUACACCAAUUUGUUUAUCCCAUCCACGCAAAGGUCGUGGACCAGAUCAUCUUUUCUGGGUUUGCCAGCCCCGGCUCGGUCAUCUUCAAGGAUGGCGGAAGUUGUGUUGAGCGGGCGAAGCUUCUGGGCAAGAAUGUUGCAAGUCAGCUUGGGAAAAAGUUCGACGAUGCCACUUAUCUUGGCCCCAAGACAGAAGGAUCAUGCCCCUACUGCCAUCUUUCGCAAUUUGAGUUCAUUGGAGGAACCACCAAUGAGAUUUGCUGUGUCAUCUGUGGCAUGAGGGGAACGUUGGUGGCCCAGGGCAACGCAAUCAAGUCAGUCUGGUCAUCAGACGCGAGCCAGAGUUGCAUCACCAUGGAAGGCAAAUUCCUGCAUGCUGACCAUAUCCAAGAUGCGGGCAUGGAGGAAGCGCAAGCUCGCCAGGCCUUUACGCCCCAAAAGCUCGAGACCGUUAAAUCGGAUUUGCUUGGUCUUGAUAUUCCGGUGCUACCAUUGCCAAGCACAAAGCGAUCACAAAAUCUGAGCAAAAGCUCCAGCUUCUGCUCUGUGAUGUAG